UGAUCUUGGCUUCAGUUGGCAAAGCGUCGCGUUGCUGUUAGGUCGUCGGCAGCUCCACGACUUAUCGAGUGUGCCGAAUGCCAUUGAAAUCGUUUCUGUAACACGCCUGCCACCGGUUUAUAUUUCAUUUUAGCUUCGACUGUCUGUGAGUGCUUUUUUUUUUGUUUUUUGUUUUUUUGUUGCCUUAUGCAAAGUGUUGGAAGAACUGAUUGCAAAGAAAGGAAAAUAAGCAACAUUUGACGUAAAGUCAACAACCGGAGUGAUUUGUUGCAGUUGCCUCAAUUUGUUGUUAUCAAAACCAUACGCUUUCAACUUGCGUGUGUCAAAGAUCAGCUCCCUUGCGGAUCGAUUGAGGAGCGUUCCGUUGAAGAUGGCGCUGGUGUCGCCCAGAAGAGUGAGCGCAAGUCGAAGUAGUAGCAUCAGCUUCAGUCUGCUGCUAUCUGGCCUCAUCCUGUGCGUUCUGCCACACCUGGAAGCACUCGAAGAGGGCGAUCCAUGUACGCUGAAGGGCAAUCUGGCGGGUGUCUGCCUGGGCUCCUCCAAAUGCGUGCCACGCAUCAAUAAGUACAUUGAAACGAAGAGAUUGACACCCAGCGAUAUACCCACUUGUGGCCUGAGCACCCGGGAGGAGAUCGUCUGUUGUCCAGUCGCCGAAUGCUGUGGAGAUGAUCAAAGCCCAAGUAGCAGCUCAGUGAAUGAAUUGCCAACACGAAAAUCGGACAACGCAGAGCACGCUUGGAACAAUGUGGGUCCGCCUAGCAGUGGCGAACUGACCACGUCAGGACGAUCCACGCCUAACACUGACAAUUCGAAUAUAUGGAAACCGAAACUGGAUCCCGAUUCGCCCUAUUUUGAUUUUAACCAAAUGAUGAGUGGCAAGCAAAAUCCACAGACACUGCCCGGGAAUAAGGCUGACGGUACAAUCAAUGAAAAUGUAGCAGGAGGAGGAUCUCAUCUUUUGAUCUCGCACAUGGGUGCAGAGAGUCUGCCAUUUCCUACAAGAGAUCCGCGACCAAUACAAAGCGCAUCUACUCCAGCUGCACAUAAUCAUAUACACUAUCCGCACCAAUGGCCUGCUCCCAGCAGAGAGCCAAGAAUCAUUAACAAACCGUUUUCGAUUGAAUAUCCAAGGAGGAUCAUGCCAUGGCCAAACCCAAGCCAUUCAAAUACUGCAACAGAUCAACAACCAACUUGGCAGCCUCUCCCAGAAUAUCCUGUGCCUUUUAAUGGAGUCCAAGUACCCCAGAGCAAUGGCAAUAAUGAAUGGAAUUGGCAAGGGACCACGACGAAAUCACCUCUUCAACCCGCUCCCUCACCACGAACUGAUGCACCGCGACCAGCAGUACAAGCUUGUCGGGCGAUUGAACAACGUCAACUGGUGUAUGGCUUAACCGAGCACAUCUUGGAUGGCAUUGAGGUGGACCCAGCCUACUAUCCGCAUAUGGCAGCAAUAGCGUUUAAUCAGUUUGGUAACAUUAUAUUUGGUUGUGGUGGCUCGCUGAUCUCAACGCGGCAUGUCCUGACGGCAGCUCAUUGCGUCAACGAUCAGGAUAAAACACCCGUUUUCGUGCGCCUUGGAACGGUGAAUAUUGAACACGUGAGCGAACACCGUCAGGACAUUAACAUAACGGACAACAUCAGAAUACAUCCGGAUUAUGUUAGCACCAGCAAGUACAAUGACAUCGCCAUACUGGAGCUGGCCGAGGAGGUCAGGCUGACCAAUUAUACAUAUCCGGCGUGCCUGGAAACGGAGCUAUUCGAUCCGCCAUCGAACGCGAGUAUCUAUGUAGCCGGCUGGGGCAUAAUGAAUACGACCACUCGUCGCACUUCGAAAAUAUUGCUGCGUGCCCCACUCACCGUGGUGCCGCUGGCCCAGUGCAACGACAGCUUUGCCGCGCAGCCGCUCAGCCAUCGAUAUCUGGAGAAGGGCAUCAUCGAUUCGCUGCUGUGUGCGGCGGACUUAAUAAAGGGCACGAAGGAUGCCUGCCAGGGCGACUCCGGUGGCCCCUUGGUGCUGGAGCGCGACAAAGAGAACAAUAAAUACAGCGUAAUGGGUGUCAUAUCGUCGGGCUUUGGCUGUGCCACAACCACGCCGGGCCUGUACACGCGUGUUGCAUCCUAUUUGGAUUUCAUCGAGGGCAUUGUAUGGCCAAAUGGGUUUGUAUGACAGUACUGAUAUUAAUGGAUCCUCAAUGUGUGUAUAACAAUAAAUUCUAAGUAUAUCGAUUUUAAAUACAAAGCUUAUAUAAUUUA